AUGAUCUGCAUUGGUCCUGUCUGCGUGCCUAUUUGGCAGCUGGGCAUUGUUGGGGCAUUUCUUCUGAACCCCCUCAAGAAUGCUGCUGUUUAUGUAUAUAGUCGGUGCUGCAAGCGCAGAGCGCACUGUGCAGAGACGGGAGCGCAAGGACUGAGAGUAGCAAACUUGGAACUGUUUCGAACGACAGAUACCGCUCUCAAGAGAACGGCAGGCGAAUACCCAUCUCAAGCGGUGUCUGUACACUCCGAUGACCAGUUGGCUGCGCUUAAAAGGCGGCUUUCCGGUGGAAACAAACCCCAGAUGAUUUUUGUCGAUUUUGGCGCGACGUGGUGUCAACCUUGCAAAUCCAUGUGCCCCUUUUUUGAGGCGCUUAGUGUUUUUUACGAGGGAACGUUCGUGAAGGUGGAUGUGGAUGAGUGCCCCGAUAGCGCAGACGAUGCGGCGGUCCAGGCCCUUCCGACUCUCUGCGUCAUGGCGCCCUCAGGAGGAAAGUGGGAAGUUGUAGCGCGAGCGGUUGGCGCGAACCGCCGCGACUGGGAGAAUCUCGUGGCGACGCACUCGAUUCCUCGUCACGGAGACAGCCCAUCAAACGAAAAGGAGUCAACAAAAGACCAGUAG